UAUUUUAUUUAUAGAUGGCUGAGACUGGACGAAGGCCUAGACGCGCACAACUUUAUCUUGAUACUCAUAAGAAACAAGAUGGAACAUAUGUGAAUGAGGCGGCAAAGAAAAUAUGUGAAAAAAUUGAGCUUUCUUUGAGCCAAAGCACGGUGGAUGAGUCUGAAGUUUCGCCGAAUGAUGCUGUUGGUAAAGUGCUAGGAAAAGAGCACUCUGGAAGGGUAAGGUGCUUAGGAUUAGGAGCUAUCCCCAGCAAAGUUUUUAAACAUGCAAGACCUCAUUUUUGUGGUAUGAAUGCUUCAAGUAGUGAUGCUUCAUGUUUGAAUCAUUGCUAAGAGAACUACAAUAAAUUGUUUAAUGCUCACAACCAAAUCCAAGAGAACUACAAUAAAUUGUUCACAGCCAAAGCCAAGAGAACUACAAAGAAAUAGCGAAUUCCAACAGACAAAUGAUGAAUGCUUUCAAGGCAUAUAUGAUAAUGAAAGAAGGGACAAUACCGGAACAAUUUGCGGGGUUCUUUGCUUCUCCUCCUACAACGUUAAAUAAACUUGUGAUUACUACUAUUCUAUUAAUAAUGUUAGUGCACUAUUUAGUUAAGCUCGCAAGAGAUUAGAUCUUUAUUUUGUUCUAGACUGAAACAUUAUUGGAGUAAAUUUCCUUGCAAUUUCAAGGUGUCCGGAACUUCCUUCUAAGUAUAAACAGUGUAAAGUUCAAGCUCCCGAGUCUUUCAAAAAAAUUAGGGGGUUAAAGUGCAAGUCAUCUCUUUAAUGCAUCCUUUUUGCUUACUGUUAUAGCUUUGUCUGUCAAAAUAGAUGAAAGUCUCCUUGUCUUCUAGGGA